UAUCACCAACAUCAAACCAUUCAUAGUAUAUGUCUGACGUCAUCAUGGAAAUGCAAUACCAAACAGAGUCAAGCUGGCCUACCGAUCCUUUCUUGACCAAAGUCGGAUCUUCAGGGGACGGGCCGUUGGAGAAGAUCGAGAGGCUGGCGGCGGAGAAUGCGGUGGUGAUAUUCAGUUUGAGCACGUGUUGCAUGUGUCACGCCAUUAAGAGGUUGUUUUGUGGGAUGGGUGUUCAUCCAACUGUUCAUGAGCUGGACGAGGAUCCGAAAGGGGAAGAGAUGGAGAAAGAGCUGGCUAGACUCAUCGGAGACUCGUCGGUGGUCCCGAUCGUGUUCAUUGGGGGGAAGUUGGUUGGGGCAAUGGAUCGUGUUAUGGCCUCACAUAUUAAUGGCACUCUGGUGCCUCUCCUCAAGGAAGCUGGAGCACUUUGGCUCUAGGUUUUAUCAUUUUCAAUCGGGCAGUAAUUUAAUAAUGAACUGAUCAGUACUGGUUCAAUUAGCAUGCAUGUUGUAUCUAUGUUGUUAGAGUUAGAGGAGUUGGGUUUUAAGCUGCUCAAUCUGACUUGAUCCUCAUGAUUAAGUAAUCUUUAAUGUUUUUGGUACAUGAUUU